GCGUGCGCGUGCGCCAUGGAGGGGCGCGCCAGCCCGGCGAGCGAGCCCCGGCCUCGCCGCACGCUCCGCUGCGGCCCCGUAGAGCCCGUGGUCUUCCUGGCCAACUUCGCGCUGGUCCUGCAGGGCCCGCUCACCACGCAGUACCUAUGGCACCGAUUCAGCGCCGACCUGGGCUACAACGGCACCCGCCACCGGGGGGGCUGCGGCAACCACAGCGUCAACCCCGCCAUGCAGGAAGUAGAGACCCUCACCUCCCACUGGACCCUCUACAUGAAUCUGGGCGGCUUCCUGGUGGGACUUUUGUGGUCUACUCUGCUGGGAGCCUGGAGUGACUGUGUGGGCCGCCGCCCACUACUGGUACUGGCCUCCCUAGGCCUGCUGCUCCAGGUUGUGGUGUCAAUCUUCAUAGUCCAGCUGGAGCUCCAUGUUGGUUUCUUUGUGCUAGGCCGCAUCCUUUGUGCCCUCUUUGGCGAUUUUAAUGGACUGCUAGCUGCUAGCUUUGCCUCUGUGGCCGAUGUCAGCUCCAGACACAGCCGCACCUUCCGGAUGGCCUUGCUGGAAGCCUGCAUUGGUCUGGCCGGGAUGCUGGCGAGCCUUCUUGGGGGCCACUGGCUUCGGGCCCAGGGUUAUGCCAACCCUUUCUGGCUAGCCUUGGCCUUGCUGAUCGUCAUGACUCUGUACUCAGCAUUCUGCUUUGGUGAGACCAUGAAGGAGCCAAAGUCCACACGGCUCUUCACUCUCCAUCAUCACCGAUCGAUUUUCCAGCUCUAUGUGGCAUCAGCCCCAGAGAAGCCCCGGAAGCAUAUAGCCCUGUACUCAUUGGCCAUCUUUGUGGUGAUUACUGUGCACUUUGGGGCCCAGGACAUCCUGACCCUCUAUGAGCUGAGUGCUCCCCUCUGCUGGGACUCCAAGCUGAUUGGCUAUGGUUCUGCAGCUCAGCACCUUCCCUACCUCACCAGCCUGAUUGUCCUGCGGCUGAUGCAGUUCUGCCUGGCUGAUGUGUGGGUGGCGGAGAUCGGCCUGGUCUUCAACAUCCUGGGGAUGGUGGUCUUUGCAUUUGCAACCAUUACAGCCCUCAUGUUUACAGGGUAUGGCUUGCUCUUCCUGUCAUUAGUCAUCACACCUAUCAUCCGGGCCAAACUGUCCAAGCUGGUGGGCAAGUCAGACCAGGGUGCUCUCUUUUCUGCUGUGGCCUGUGUGAAUACCCUGGCCAUGCUGACAGCCUCUGGCAUCUUCAACUCGCUCUACCCAGCCACCCUGAACUUCAUGAAGGGCUUCCCUUUCCUCCUGGGAGCUGGCCUUCUCUUCAUUCCAGCCAUUCUGAUUGGGAUACUGGAAAGGACCUAUCCUCACCUGGAAUUCCAGCAGUUUCCUCAGAGCCCCUAAUCUGUGUGGACAGAAGACAAGAGGGCAAGAGGUGCAGUGUGAACAUGGAUCGUCUGGAAAUCUGCCCAGCGGAGCCAGCGGCCUCCUCAGGGGGCAGUGCUUACCUUGGACAACUUGUUUAAGUUAGAGCAGGGGACCACCUGUUCACAACUGAGCCAGCCUCUGUCUAGGAUCUGUAAUCUUCUUCACCUGUCAGGCUCACUCCAGGGAGCCAUUUGGAGCAUCGGUCUGUUUAGCCUUGAUACCAUCACUUCAAUCCCUCCAGGGGAGGGGGAGGUGAUAUUUCAGGAACCAGGUGAAACAUGGGAGCUGGCAUCUUUCCCUUUGGCCUACACUGCACAGCAUGGCCCAUGGUACUAGGCUUCUGAUGUGUACAACCACUAACAAUCAGUUUUUAAUGAUGAAUUAUGGUACCUGGCCACUUCCAGCCUUGGGGGCCAAAAGGAAGAGGGUCACGGUUGUGAACCAGUCCUUCACCACAGCCUACUCAACCCUGACCUCAGUAGUGCCAGCUGGUACAAUAAAUCAGUUAAAUCAAACUGAAGAGAA